AUGGCACAGUCUAAUCAGGACAGCGACAUUGAAGCUGAUCAUGGAGUAGUCUUGUCAUCAAUGGAUGAUCGACUGCAUUCUUUUCAGCACUUCCCUCGUUCUCAAGCAGUUUUGGUGAAGCGACUGGCCAUGGCAGGGUUUUAUUACACGGGACAGGCGGAUAAGGUGCAUUGUUAUAGUUGCAAUGCAUCACUGGACAACUGGAACGAAGGUGACGUCCUGUUGAAAAGGCAUCAGCAAGUAUCUCCUUGCUGCAUGUUUCUCAAUUGUGAUCAUGGCAUGCGUCCCAUGACUCAAACUGCUUCUUCAUCUGUGGCCUUGAAAAUUUGGACAGAAACCUUGGUAUUACAGAUGGGAGAAGUUAUGGAUGAGACUGUGUAUCCCAAGGGGCCACACAUGAAGAGUGAGGAAGCUCGAUUGAGAACUUUCACUCACUGGCCAGUGAAUUCACCGGUACAGCCCAGAAAACUGGCAGAGGCGGGCAUGUUUUGUCUUGGGAGGGAAGAUAAUGUGCAGUGUUUCUGUUGUGGAGGAAUUCUGGCUCAAUGGGAGCAAGGCCAUGAUCCCUGGAAUGAACAUGAAAAAUACUACCCAAACUGCUGCUUCAUCUGUGGCCACGAUGUGGGCAAUGUGCCGCUGGCAGCACCGACAUGUGGUAAAUGGUCGUGCACUAUAAAAAACAAUGCAGCAAUCAGUGUUGUGUAAGUAACAAUUACUAGUUCAAUUACAUCUUCAAUCAUGUAAUUAGAUUACUGUACAAGUUACACUCUCCAAAAGGUAUUUAAAUACUUAUUACUAAUUACCUUCUAAAUCCAAUUUAGUAAAUGAUACAAAGAUAGGCUUGAAAAGGCUCAAAUAAAUCAUAUAAAAGUACAUAAAUUAUUCUGGUCACACUUUUAAGGUCUAAUUCUGACUUUUAAUUAUUAUCUACUUUUGCUUUAUUAUACUCCUAAUUACUGCUUAUUAAUACUUAGUAAAUUAGUUGUUAAGUUUAAGUAUUGGUAGGAAUUUGGUAGGAUUAAGGAUAACACAAACACAAAUGUUAUUACAGUGAAUAAGAGACAAACAUUUGUUAUGCAUAACAUUUAUAAAUAUACCCUUUUAAAGUACAAAUUUACAAGACUUAGCCUUAUUAAUGUGGAUCUGACAUCGAUCUCAUGGUGUUAGAAUAAGUGUGUUGAACUAGUGUGGUGUUGUGUGUGACACAACAUAACGUCAUGUUAAAAAAUGAAUAAUGAUUGCUAAUUUUACUGUCUUUUACUGGCUUUACAUUGAGUGACACUGAGUUUCUUUCAUUACAAACAUCAAAUUUAAGUAAUAGAGGAAAUUUACUGGCCGAUUGAAAAGAUUUGUCGGCCGAUGUUGAUAAAAAAAUCCAAAUAUCGGCCAAUAUAUCAGAGUCUGUAAUAUAUUGGCCUAUUCUAACAACCAACCAAUAAAUAGUGAGAAUUGGAAACUGCACUAAAGUGUUACUGGUAUUCUCACUAACUCAACAAAGUAUUUAAAAAGAAAAUUAUACAUAAGAAACAUGCAUUUUAAGUUUUAACCGUAGACUUUAAAUUUUUAUGUUAAAUCCACUAUUGUCAGGAUCCUGCCGGAACCUUGUCUCAUUUUGUGUAUUAGUUUAGUACGGCAGGGUUCUGACAAUACAAUGCCUUGUGUGGGGAAUGCGUGGCUUGUAUUGUGUAUGCUAACCACGUAUUUCCCAUGUCUUGUCACUUUUUACCCGAUCCCUUACUUGUUAUGAUUUUCACCUGUUCACCUCAUUUGUUCUCCUAUUUAAAGUCCUUGUGUUUGAUGUUCUUCACUGGUUCGUUUUGUCCUGUCACUGUGAGUACCUUGAUCUGAUGUUUAGUAAGUCAUAGUCUAGUCCUUGUUGUUAGUCAUUUUAGUUUUUGUUCAGUUUAGUGUUUGUUCAGUUUAGUGUUUUGUGGU